AUGGUUUCACUACAUGAUGCAGCAUGCGGGGGGCCCACGUGCAGCGACAGAGCCGGGAACGUGACUAGUACAACGGCUGAAGCUGCGCCCAUUUGGCACGCGGGGCACACCUAUAAAGGCAGCAUCCGUUCCCCCAGUCCACGCUUGGCUUCUCUCUUCUCCCACCUCCCCCUCCCACGCCUUCCUCCUCCUCUUGUCUUCAGUUACCACUUCAUUGGCAACCGCUCCGGGCUUCCCUCUCGUCUCGUUCCCCUCUUUCCCCCUGCAAAGGACCCCGUUCCCCCAUUUUUCACCCGCUCGGAGGACUCCCGAGAGCUUCUCCUCCCUUCCAGUUUGCUGCAUACAGAUCGUCAAGAAAAGGGAACUGUUCUUCAGCAGGUGAACCAUGAGGACAAGGAAUCCGACAAUGUCAAAGUCGUCGUCAUGGCCCAAGACGAAGACGGUGGUGAAGAAAUGGCUGAACCUCAACAACUCAGAGUUCCAUUCGGACUGCAUCAACGAGAGCUUUGGAGGCCAGCAGCAGGUGAUGAGGAGGAAGAGCUGCUCCGACAGAGAUGGCAGCCUUCUCACCAAGACUGA